AUUGUGGCUGAGGCACAGGCGCUCAGUGAGAUCGCAGACUUCAACGUGACAGAGGCCGCAGUUGUUAUCAUCAUCGCAAGGACUCUGUCAGCAGCGUUAAAUAUAUGCACAACAUCAUGAAAUAUUGUCCCGUUUGGGAAAGAGGAGACGCGAAGCUGUAGUUCUGACGUCGGUGUUUGCUAGCGGAAAGCUGCUAGCGUGGCUUACUUAACACAAGCUAGCCGAGCUAGCUGUUGCAUGUCCUCGUUUUUUCACGCCUCUGACCUCCACCACAACACAGCCGUGCUGAGAGUCGUCUGCUCGCCAGCCUGGAGUGACAACCCUCUAUUUCAGAGCGUCCUUGCCUGUUAUCCCCUGUGUGGCGCCCCGAGGACGGUUCUCGAAUAUGAUACAUAAUGAGUCAAAGAGAUACGUUCGUUCAUCUUUUUGCUGGAGGAUGUGGGGGCACGGUCGGAGCCAUAUUAACUUGUCCUUUGGAGGUCGUGAAGACCCGUCUGCAGUCAUCCACCAUCACGCUCUAUGUGUCUGAGGUUCAGUUCAGUACAGUGAAUGGAGCCAAUGUGGCCCGCAUGUCUCCACCAGGACCCCUGCACUGCCUCAAAUUAAUAUUGCAGAAAGAAGGACCUCGCUCGCUCUUUAGGGGCUUGGGGCCAAACUUAGUGGGUGUGGCACCUUCUAGAGCUAUUUACUUUGCUGCUUACUCCACUGCCAAAGAGAAACUCAACAGCGUGUUGGAAACAGACUCCACACAAGUACACAUGCUGUCAGCUGGAAUGGCAGGUUUUACGGCCAUCACAGCAACGAAUCCCAUAUGGCUCAUAAAGACCCGCUUGCAGUUGGAUGCCAGAAAUCGAGGUGAGCGACGGAUGAGUGCAUUCGAUUGUGUGCGGCGAGUAUAUCGGGCAGAUGGCCUGCGGGGUUUCUACAGGGGUAUGUCGGCAUCCUACGCUGGUAUCUCAGAGACUGUGAUUCACUUUAUAAUCUAUGAAAGAAUAAAGCGGCGCCUCUUGGAGGCUAAGGCACCACAGAACAUGGACGAAGAAGAGGAGUCAUCCAAAGAUGCUUCGGACUUUAUAGGGAUGAUGCUUGCUGCCGCCACCUCCAAGACCUGUGCCACAACCAUUGCUUAUCCUCAUGAGGUAAUCCGAACCAGGCUACGCGAGGAGGGCACCAAGUAUCGUUCUUUCUUCCAGACUCUAACAAAAGUGCCCAAAGAGGAGGGUUACCGCGCACUAUACCGUGGCCUCACCACCCACUUGAUACGACAGAUCCCCAACACCGCCAUAAUGAUGUGCACGUAUGAGCUGGUGGUCUACCUCCUGAACGGUUAAGUCUCACCCUCUUAGACUCUAGAUGCAACUCCGCCGCUGCUUGGAGGAAGAGAGUGAGACGCCGCGUCAGCACGGCAGAAAUCGCACACUGGUGAAGAGGACAGCGAUGGCACCUUUUGUCUUAGUCAUGUGAGUGGUUUUCAUAAACGUAAAUAAAUAAAGCUGUGAGUUUCAUUUUUAUAACCAGAAGGUGUGGCACAAGGCACUUCUUGACACUGAUUGGAGAAUGUGUAUUAAUCAGUGGAAAAGAAACAGCUGUCCUCCCUCAGCUUGUCCAGUUGAAAGAAAAUUUGUUUUAUUCAGUCACUUUCACUCUUGGAGUAAAACUUGUUUCCACAAUUUCAGACUAAGAUUGUUGAAGAACAAACUACAAGAGCAUGUCCUCCCUCUGUUAAGCCUCUAACUGCACUAGAAAUGAAAUUGAAGGCAUUCCCGUCCUUGCCUCCAGGAAAAAUGUUUUGAUUUCAUAGUUUAUUUAAAAUAAAACAAUAUGCAAUUUUCCCUGCAUCCUUAAAGGGAUCACUAGAGGUCCAAACUCUGUGGCUCCCAUGUAUUGUGCUAGGUGUAGGCAAGGAGCAUUCAGUGCUCAAGGAUCGAGGGCAUCGCUGGAGAGAGGAUGAUCUAGGACAUGCCUUUUGUGAAAAUAUGACAGACGUGUGCAAUGCAGUCACAAUGUGCAACAUAGGAUGUAGACAUGUAGAUUAGGCACUGGUGGUGUGUCAUGUUAGAUCCUCAUCUGUAGCCCCAAGUGAACCUUUUUGCAUAUCUGUAAAUACUCCAAAGCCUCCCAAACAUGUACAAACUGGAUUUGUUAAUAUGAUGGUGAUGGAUCAUGUCGUCUACACCUGAAAUCCCUAUGAUACAUUUUUUUUUUUUAUCAGAUUCACAUUAUUAUUAUGAAUAUUAUUGUUAUGAAUGGCAAAUAAAUCAAUAUAGUGACAUCAUCCUCUGGACGUGUAUAUGUGCAUUAAUUGUGUUGAAAAUGGGGAGUAGCUUGAGGGCAAGCAUUUAGCAAACAAAAUUGGAAUACAAUCCACUGUUCUGACUAGUGGAAUGUAAAUAAAUGCGGAAUAACCAUACUAAUCGGAAGGAAGUAAAACAUUGACUCGUGUGGUGAAUUCAUUAGAGCUAAAUACACAUUUAACAAAUUUAAACACAUUGUGGCAUAAAUAUAUGAGAUAAAUAUUCCAGUAUAGUGUGAUUGUGUUGCAUUUUCCCACUAAUGGCUAUAUUUUCUUGCAUUUUCUUCCAACAAUCUUCAUGUCAGUUGUUACUUUUCAUUAAAAAAAUUGUCCUGUCAGCACCUUUUAAGUGACUGUCUCAAGAAUUGUCAUCUCAGUUUCUGUCUCAGGAGUUCUUGCUCACUGCUCCGUGUAUAGUGUUAGGGUGUGCAGGGUGGGGUCAGGAAUAUUGCUAGUCAUAAACGCACAAGGACCAAAUGCAGAGCAGAAAUGAUAUGGACCCAGUUAUUUCCUCUCCGCAUCCCUGGGAAUUAUAUGAAUGUUUGUUUUAUGUCAUUUGGUUAUUUGA